UGACUAAAGCCCAAACUAUGUUAUAGAUAACAUAUGCCACGUUAGCAAAAUCAUAGGUCCAAAUUACACUAUGCUCAUGAAAAAAGGUUAAUCACUAAAACUUGCCUAAACAAAUUGUAUCCUCCUUAUCCAAAAAAUAAACCACCAAAAUGCACUCAAACUAGUUGUGUAAACCAUGACCACCAUUUUGAAUCCCACCAUCACUUUACUCCAAACCAAGAUCAAAAAAUCACCACCCUACACCCACCACCAAUCCCCUAAUUCGUCGGCGAUUCGAUCAUUGCUAUCGGAUGAUGACGAGAACCAAACUCAACGCCGAAAAUUUAUGGUCACAACAUUGCUAGGAGGGUUGAGCAUCAAUGCAACCUGUUUACCAUUGAAAGCACAAGCUGAGGAAAUGAAAUGGGGCACCCGUUCUUUUAUAUGGGAGCGGUUUUUCGAGCCCGGUUUAUCACCAGAGGACGCGGUGGCUAGGAUUAAGAAUACAGCUGAGGGGCUUCAUAGCUUAAGGCAUAUGUUGGAUACCAUGUCAUGGAGGUAUGUCAUAUUUUAUAUAAGGCUAAAAGAGGCUUAUUUGAAGCAGGAUAUGAAGAAUGCUAUGAGUAUGGUUCCUGAAGGAAGAAGAGAUGAUUAUGUUAAUGUUGCUAAUGAGUUGGUUGAUAAUAUGGCUGAGUUUGAUUACUAUGUCCGAACACCUAAAGUAUACGAAUCAUACGUAUUCUACGAGAAGACAUUGAAAUCAAUAGACAAUCUCUUGGGAUUCUUGGCAUAAGCUCCUCACAAAACAGAGGACUCUGUUUGAACUCUGCCAUAAUUUCUGCAGCAUCAGUUCAGUACAUAUGAUAGUUGUUGUAAUAUUGAAUAUUAUUCAGCCCGACUUUUUUCGCUGAAUAACGUUCUAUUUAGCUUGUUUUUCAAUUAUAUAUCGAAAAUGAUUAUAAAGUCACUUGAUUAAUAAUCAUAUUCAGAUUUGGAGUACAAACUAAGACCAAUCUGUUCGAGAUACAUUCACAAUUUACAGUACUAUACUGUCUCAGAUUAAAAACAGAUAAAAGUAAAAAUCAAAA